GAAGUCAUAUGGAAAUUGGAAAUCGUUGAAUUUGUUUCUGAUGAGAGGAGGACAUUACUUGAUUGAAAUUAAUAAUAAUUAAUUCGUCCUGUCCUCUUGUCCUUUGAGGAUGAGGUAAACACUUUACAAAAUAUGUGUGCGAUCUUUUAAGGUCAUCAUGAAUCUUCACCAAAUUGUGAGUGGGGCCUGUAAUGCAGGUGACAAGUGUUUUGCUGUGGGUUCAGUCGAAGGAGUACCAUUCACAGCAUAUGCUGCUGGAUGCAACAUUGUAGUUUUGGCUUCUACAUUUGAGAGGGUUCAGAUUAUACCUGGAGCAAUUCAUGAUUAUAUCAGAAUCAGUUCUAUAGACUGUUCUAGUGAUACAGGAAAAAUUGCAGCAUCUUAUGAUGAUGUGGUUUGCAUCUUUGAACCCACUCCCUUGAUACACAACACUUCAGCUCAUGGUUUAGACUAUAGAUGGGUCCAAACCGGCACCCUCAAGACAGAUUCGCCCAUCAGAUCUUUGAGUUGGAACCUGGAGGGGUCCCGCCUGCUGACGGCAGGGGCCCACGUCCAGCUGUGGCACCUGAAAUCCCAGAACGCCACCACGGAAGAGGAGCAGCCCUCCGUUACUUUCACCCUCGGAGGGGGCCACGCAGAUGGGGCCGACGACGGAGAUCCGCAUUUUGAGCCUGAUAAGCCCCAAGAACAAGAACAAACUACUUGGCAAUGUGUUUGGAAAGCAAACACUGCUAUUCCUGUGCAGCAUCUCGCCUUCAGUCCAGACGGAACACUUUUUGCCACUUGUGGCGAAAAUGACAGACUAGUUAAAAUUUGGUAUGAAAACAGACAUGUUCUGUUCACUUGUAAAAGCACUGAACGCCCUGUCGAUUUGGAAUACAGCUUUGUCUACAUCGCCCAUCCCAGAGCUGUCACUCAUCUGUCAUGGAGGACAACCAGCAAAUAUAUGCCAAAAGGUUCAGUGUCGAACAUGUUGGUCACUUCAUGCAAAGACAACAUCUGCCGAUUGUGGGUAGAAACUGUUCUACCAGAAGACGGUUUAGUGAAUCUGUCACAGCUCGAUCCACAAGCUCAUCAUCCGAAAUUCAGGACCCACAGACACAAGCACAGGUUCAUGCAGAGAUUGAAACACAUGAAGACAUGCUUUCAUAUAAGACGCAAUGCAAAGCAACAUGUUUAUGGUCCUGGGGGACCAUCUCCGCCUAUACCGACCCUGCCGUCCACUUAUAGUGUGCACGACUUUCACUCCUAUGGAUACCAUGGAACAGGGAUCACUCCAGGGCUGCAUUUUCAUUUAGCUGCUUCUGUCAAUGCGGAAACUGAUAUACCGCUAGUGCCGAGCAUCACUUAUUGUAAUCCACGGCCUGCUUUCGUUUUGCACUGGUUGGACAACAAGGAGAUGCAGUUCAAUUUCCAGGCUGAACUUUUCUUAGAAGAAUUUGCCAGGCCUGUUGUCGAUAAUCCAGAGUCGGAGGAGUCGUCAGAAGAGCCUUUAAUGGAAUCCGGAGAUGCCAGAAUCGAGAGCUUCUUGAGAGAUUGGCACCACAGUCCAGACUUGCUGUUCAGCAUCCACCCUGUAGAUGGAAGUUUUUUGAUAUGGGUGGUAGAGUGGUUGGACGAAUUCCAUCCUGGAUCGUUCCGGCAAGCUCAGGUGUCUUUUUCGACUAGAAUUCCCUCGGCUUUUCCUCUGGGCGACUCGAUGAGCAUGUCGACGACCGUCAGCCUGUACCACACGACGCCCUUGCUGAAGCACCUCGUCAGAGAGGCCGUCAACAAGGAGUCGUGCCACAGGGAGAGGACGACGACGGUGAAGGAGGAGGAUGAUGCGAAGUCGCAGAAAGAUAUUCCUCUGCCCCCUGAAGACCAAAACGACGCUACCCCCAUGGUGUCGCUGGUGACGAAGCACGACAACGGCACUUUGAACCUCUGGCAGAUCACCUUCGCCGAUAAGAGCAAGUUCAGCCAGGUGCUGAGCAUCGGCCACAAGAGUAGAGCAUCCGGCCAUCGGUUCCGGGUGAACGACAUCACGUGCCAUCCGGUGUUGCCGCUGCUGCUCACCACCAGCCACCACAACAUCGUCGAUCAGAAGUCGCAGGUGCACAGCACGAAUGGCUUCUGCAGCGAACUAAUCCUCUGGAAAGUGGACGCCGUCGGGCCACUAUCAAAAUCGGGCGGCAUAUGCGAAUUGGCCCGCAUAAGUUCGCCCGAGCCGUCCGCCUUCAGCAACGUCGCCUGGAUACCCACCCUCUUGCCCUCUAGUACGUUGGGCAACCUGUCGAACUCGCCCAGCGCCUGCUUCGUGGCUUCCGAUGGGCGGUGCUUGCGGGUCUAUCAGGCCGUUAUUGAUGCGCGGACGUUGUUGGCCGAUCUCUCGUACAAGGAGAGCAGGCGGUUCGACGAUAACGAGAGCGUUUCGGAUCUGUCGUCCAUCAUCCAGGAGAGCAUGUUGGAGAAUAUCAAUAUCGUGUCGCAGCAGAGCACCUCCAGGCCCGGGUGUAUCAUACAGUUGGAGACCAUCUCGGAGGCGAUCAAGUGGCAGAACACGACUUUCCUGCACGUCUAUCAAGAGCAGCUGAUUACAGGCCAGAAAUCCUCCCCGGUCAAUUUGUCGGGCCACGACGCGAUGGUCGACCUCCAGCAAGCCUCCGUCUUCAAGGAGCCCUUCUUCAUCGUCCUGCUGGACUGCACCGACCAGAACACCAUCGUGCACAUGUGGAAGCUGACGAUCGCCUCCACCGACACCGAGUGUUCGCUCACGGGUAGUCAGAUGUACGUGCCGGACUGCGUGCUGGUCCAGGACGAAAACGAUUUGUCGAGGAAAAAUAGCAUGGAAUCGUUGCAUCUGAAGCCUUCGAAGGUCAGCCCGCAUAUCAGCCUGACCGUCACCAGGGAAGUCAAGCAGAUCCUCCCCUUGUCCGACGGGGUGGAAAUCGUGCACGCCACCCCCGCCGCCGGCCACUUAAGCUCCGCCUCCAUCUACCCCGCCUGUCUGGCGCCCUAUUGCUUCGCUACGGCGUGCAGCGACGGCGUCAUCCGCUUCUGGACGGUGUCGACCAAUCCGAAGCAGGUGAAGGAGUCCGGCGGGCUGAUGCUGGAGGAGGAGGGCGUGACGGUGAACACGGGCCAGGUGUGGAUCGAGUGGAACAUGAUCAAGGAGUCGGCGAUCGAGAUCGAGGGGCAGGUGCUGAACAUAAGCGUCGCUUAUUCGGGUCGGCUAGCCUGCGCCUACAAGUACGGCAGGAGUUUCACGCGUCCCAGCAAAACGGACCAGGACUCCCGAUUCAUCAACCUGUGCGUCGCCAUCUACGAGUGCGAGUCGACCGGAGGCAGCGAGUGGAUUCUAGAGGACGUGAUCCACCUGAAGAACAUCCACCUGCCGCGCAUCGACAUCAACAGGCACUUGGAUCUCAGCUACUUGUACGAUUCCAAGACGUUGAAGAAGAAGCAAAGGAUCAACGAGAUGCUGCACACUUUUUCGAAUGACGAUAGACAGACGUUGGCGGCCGAGGCGAACAAGCCGACUUUGCUGGCCGUGCCCAGUUUCACCACUUUGCAGUCGUUGAGGAAGUCGAUAUCGGAGAUGGGCAACAUCUGUCCUCUGACGCAGAAGCACAUCGUCCAAUUGGACUGGGUGUCCAACGAGGACGGAUCGCACAUCCUCACCGUGGCCGUCGGCAGCAAGAUCAUGCUGUACACGCCGCUCUCCACUGAUUUGGCUCAGGCCAACGUCAAGGCCAUGAAGGAGAGCCUCAACAACUACAGGCCGAUACUGAGGAAGGCAAGUUCGUUGGCUCAGCCGACGUUCGUCGAUGACUUCAAGUGGAUGACCUUGAGGAAGAUCGAGCUGCAGACGGCAGACGGUCUGCCAGCGUUGCCGAUGCAGAUCAGCUGGGUGAGGGACGGCAUCCUCGUCGUGGGCAUGGACUCGGAGAUGCACGUGUACACUCAGUGGACGCCUCAGAACCCGGCGGCGGCGGCUCAGAACACCGAGACCGACAACAAGAACGGCAGAGAUGUCGAUUUCAGGACGCUGACGCAAGAAAAUCAGCGUAAGUUGGCUGCAGUGCCGACUCUAGGCAGGAUUAGUUCGGUGAAUUUGCAAAUUUUGGACAGGAAGAGAAACAGGGAGCCAAACCUAGACUAUAUGCCUGACUAUGGACUGUUCGAAGCUUCUAGAAUCGCGUGUCCUGUUUUGCCUCAGUACCAUCCGAAACAACUGAUGGAGCUGUUGAACUCCGGGAAAAUAAGUUGGGUGAAAGCCAUUCUCUCGCACCUAGUAAAAUGCAUCGGUGGCAACCACGAGUCCACCGAAGAACUGCCGAGCUGGUCCAGGAACCGCACCCUCUCAGUCAGCUAUCCCCCAGGUUCCCCCGAGCACCGAGCUAGCAUCGGGGAGAUCAACCUCGACUACGACGAAAUCAACAACAUCCCCCCAUUGCCGCUCUGGACGCUCUUGGCAGCCGACAAAGAGUCCUCGGCCGCCCAAGAAGACAACAAGGACUACAACGAGCUGUUCGAUAACGUGCUGAUCGAGGAGUCUCUGGACACUUUGCUGGAAGACCAAGAGGUGUCCAGGUCGGAUAGAAGACCUUCGGAGAGGAACGUGGGGCUGACUUACUUCACCCCCAAGCAGGGUCGCAUUUUGUCGCGGCUUUUGACCCACACCCACCUGCCAGGCUUAUCCAGUCUGGACCAAAUGCAUCUGCUAGCUCUCGCAGACACAGUUUCUACUUGUAAUACUGAUCUGGCUGAGCAUUUCGCCAUCGACGCUGCCAAGAGCAGCAUGGUCAAGGAGAAUCUGGAAGGCCAAAAGGAAGAUCUUCUUACUGAACACCUGGACGACUGCGGGCUGAGAUUCCUGCUGGCCAUGAAACAUUACGGCUACCUCUUGAGGUGCCUGCCCUUAGCCCAACGGACGCAGUUCCAAAAGCAAGGCGUCGGCAACAAUAACCUCGCUUGGGCCUUCCAUUCGGAGAGCCAAGAGGAGCUGCUCAACCUGAUACCCAGCUACGCCAAGGGUGAACCCACCUGGACCACGCUGCGCGAGCUCGGCGUCGGCUGGUGGGUGCGGAACUCGAAUCUGCUGAAGCAGUGCUUCCAGGUGCUGGCCAAAGCGGCCUUCCAAGCCAACCAGGACCCGAUGGACGCGGCGCUUUACUACUUGGCGCUGAACAAGAAGAACUUGCUGUGGGGCUUGUACAGGGCCAAACGCGACGAAAGGAUGACGGCUUUCUUCAACAACAACUUCUCGGAGGAUAGGUGGAGAAAGGCGGCUUUGAAGAACGCGUACGCCUUGCUGGGCAAGCAACGUUUCGACCAUGCGGCGGCCUUCUUCCUGCUAGCCGGCAAUCUCAAAGACGCCGUGGAGAUAUGCCUCAACAGGCUGCAAGACCUGCAACUAGCCAUCGUCAUAGUGCGGGUAUUUCAAGGAGACGGCGAAGACCUCAAGAAGCUGCUCUACCGAGAAAUCCUCGGCUGCGAUGAGAACGGAGAGAACCAAGAGUUGUCCAAGGCGCACCCGGAUCCUUUCCUGCGCUCGAUGGCCUUAUGGUCCUUGAAAGAGUACCAGCCUUCGCUGGACACUCUUUUGGUGGGUAAUGCCGGUCACAUGCACCCUGCUCACGAUGAAGAAGCUAGAGAAACCAAAGAAGCUGAUCCUAACGUUUUUAACUUUUACGUCUACCUGAGAACCCAUCCCUUAUUGGUUCGUCAGCACCUGGCUAGCUAUGGCAAGAGGAAGGUUUGGGUGCCGGGGGGCAAGCAAAUCGUCGUGGACGAGUGGAUCACCCCCUUGGAGAGGCAACUGUACUUUGCCACCGCCCACGGGCACUUCAGAGCCGGAUGCCCCGCUCUGGCUCUGGAGGUGCUGUCAAAACUGCCCUAUGUCGUUUCGGAGAGGCCAGAGCAGCUGACGGAGGAUAAGGCUUUGGAGCAAGCGGAGAUCGUCACCGGGACGAUUUCCUGGGAGCCCAGACCCUCCCAGGCCAGCUCCGACGUGGAUUGGGGCGCCCCCGUUGUAGACUUGGAGGUAAAAACCGACGAUUUCGAGUUGAAGUGGAGCGACAAGGAAUCCGAAGAUUCCGACGACGAAGGCCUCAACAUGGACGUGGGCAACAAAAAAGAACAGGAAGACGACGAAGAAAAAUACGAAGACCAAGAGGAGAAACAGCAGCACAUUGACAUAAUGGCACAACAACUGAAAUUCGUGGCUUGCCUGAAGAUCCUUAUGGAAGAAUUGUCGACCCUAGCGACCGGCUUUGAGGUGGAUGGGGGCCAGCUGCGGUACCAACUCUACAUGUGGCUGGAAAAGGAAGUUGAAGCGCUGCGGGAGCUCUGCAACUACACCACCAGCGACAGCAUCGAGUCCGCGGACUUAGAACAGUCACAAGAACACGAAAAUGCCGCUGAAAAUUCAAGUGCCAAGCCUACUCUGCACGAGAUCUUGCUGCAAGAGAAACUGGACUUUGAGGCCAAAGUGCAAAGAGCUGCCAAGAGGAAACGUUGGCUCAGAGCCAACGAGACUUUGCUGCGUACGCUGUUGAGCUACUGCUCUUUGCACGGCGCUACAGGAGGCCUGGCUUCCGUGAGGAUGGAGCUGAUGUUGCUGCUGCAGGAGCUGCAGCAGGAAAAAAUCCACCAGCAGCUGCUCAGCCCGCUGCCGUUCCCCACCAGUCUCCCGCUGUUGGCUGCCACUGUGGCCAGCAGCAAAACCGUGAUUGCUGAUCCGAUCAGAUACCUGCAAUGUCUUACUCAGGACAUGCUGCACACCUUGGUUGAUAUGCCGCAGCCUAAUACCAACCAGAGCCAGUUGUUGGUCAUCAGGGAUUUGGCGAUUGCGCUGUCGGCUUGCAUUUACCAAUCGCUUUGCGACUCUGACACCUUCAAGAAUUCCCUGCAGGAGGCUCAGGAGAUCGGAGCGACGCAUUUGGUGGGGCGCAGAAGGAGGAUAUCUGUUAACGAAGGCCACAACAUCAUAACGUUCCCGCCCAAGUGGCCGGGCGUCACCAGCCUGCGAGCCCUAUUGGCCAGAGAAAAGGACGAAGACACGCCCCGACUGACCGUAGUCCUAUGCGAGGCCUUCACCGCCGUCUACUUGGCCCUCCUCCUCUACGGCCUGGUCACGUGCGACUGCGUCAUCCUCUUCCACGUGACCGCGCACACCUUCGAUGCCGCCGUGUGGGGCAAACUGUUCGGCGGCGGCAUCAAGAAGCUGCUGCGCACCGCGAGUCUCAUACAAGGCGCGCACGGGCAUGCGCAGUACGCGACGCAGCAGAGCGUGCAGACGCCCACCGAGGAAGCUAGCGGGCCGGCCACGUGGCUGAACAAGCAGCGCGUGAAGCUGAACACGAAGCUGCUGGGGCAGCAGCCGUCCGCGAUGAAGGAGGACAGGCCGACGUACAGGGAGCAGUUCGUGCCGCCCGACAUGAGCAUUCUGGCGUACCUGCUGACCAAGCCGGCCGCCGAGGAGUACAUCGAGGAGGCGGAGAGCGAGAAUGAUGAGGAGGAGGAGGACGAGGACGUGUUCGAUCCGCCGGUGGCCCAAGCUAUUGUUAAGACCGUCAACAACGAGCACUCCAAUCCGAACAGCUAUUCUUGGGCGGUACUGAGACUGGCCACUUUGAAGAUCGUUCAGCACAAAAUCAACGAAUUUUUGGCUGUGGCCGGUCUGGAGCUGUCCGAGCUACCUGUGGCCAGUCCUUUGAUCCACAGCAGCUUGAGGAAGCUGACUUGCUGGCAGGAGAUGGUCCGCAGGGACUUGGAGAGCAGACAAACGCCCCCAGAGUAUAUCCCAGGGUGUUUCGUGGAUAGUGCCCAGGGGCACACUGCGAACAAGUACAGACAGCUGUUGGAGCCGCACAAUACGCCUUUCAGCGGUAAAAGUUCUGCUGCAGCUGCCAGACAUCUUUGGACGUACCUGGUGCACCAGGAUAUGGUGCGGGAGAUAUUCAUACGGGCAGUGUUCGGUAAACGAAGGUCUUCGGGAGUUUUAGAAGAAGUCUUACCUCAUCCUGAACCUGCGGCAGCCGAGCCAGUGAGGAUCAUCCACAAGGAGCAGGACUCGAUCGCAGCUUUUUGCCUGAACCAGGUCAACGGAGGGUUAAUUUCCGUCGCUACACCCAGAGAGCUGCAAGAGAUGGACAUCUCGCUGCUGCUGGAGCUGCCGGCUUGGCUGGAGGACGAGUGCGAGCUGGACAUCCUGAACAUGUCCAGCCAGGGCUCGGACCCGAGCGUGCCGCCCUUCCUGGUGAUCCAGGGCGCCAGCGACAAGGGCAAGGAGACGCAGCCCGGCAGCCCGCAGCCCGGGGUGGCUGGACAGAGCGGCAGGGGGGCCAGUGUGGUGCUGAAACACAAAAUCGAUGGGAUAAGAAGAAUAACAGCUCAUCCACUACUUCCUUUAUAUUUGACCGGCGGUCAGGACGGCUCCGUCCACCUGUGGGAGUGGGGCCAUCAGCAACCUGUGGCCACGCCCCGCACUCCCGGCACCUACGCCAAGGUCACUCGCGUGCGGUUCUCGCAGCACGGCAACAAGUUCGGGGUGGCCGACUCGGACGGCAACCUGAGCCUGUUCCAAGUGGGGCUCAGCGCCAACGCGACCAGGCCGUUUUUCACGCUGCAUUGUCACAACAAGGGGAUCAGCGAUUUCGUGUUCUUGGGGUCUUGCAGUCUUUUGGCUACAGCUGGCCACAGCUCGGAGAGCAAGAACGUCUGCAUCUGGGACUCGAUCCUACCCCACGGCAAGGCCCUCGUGACAGCCUUCACCUGUCACGAGCAGGGCGCCAGCAGCGUCGUCUUCGCCCCGCAACACCAAGUCCUCAUUUCGGCCGGCAAAAAGGGCGACGUGUGCCUCAUCGACGUCAGAUCGAAGUCCGUGAGGCACAAGUUCACUGCUCACGAGGGCGCCGUCAAAUGUAUAGCGGUCGAUCCGCAUGAAGAUUAUUUCGCUACUGGGUCAGCCGAUGGCGAUAUUAAGAUCUGGGGCGUGACCGUGCCCAACGUGCUUCUGUCACUGCCCGCCGAGCAUGCGCGCAGCAGCUUCUUCAAGAACAUCGGCCAGGGCGUCACCCAGCUGCACAUCGACUCGCACAAUCGGCUGUUCUCGUGCGGUGCCGACGGCAGCAUGAAAGUGCGACAGCUGCCCGACAGAGAGGCGCUGCUCAACCAAUAGGAGUGAUCGGAGGGAGGAGCAGGAGUGUCUUGUGGAGGGAGUUGCGUUGAAAGGAUGGAGGAUCCUGAAUAGAAGAAUUGAAGACCAUGGAAGAUAUGAUAUAAUACCUUUAUGUAUUUCAGCUUUACAGUCAUUGUAUUUUAGGCUCAUAAUAACAUUUAUAUGUAGGUAGUCAAAUUUUUGUAUCAUAUUGAUUUGUUAAGCAUUUUCAGAUGUUUAUGAUAUUUUAUUUUUAUUGUAUUAUGAUCAUUAGAGUAGGUAUUUUAGAUGAUAUGCACCCUAUUGUUGUUGUUGCUGUUGUUUUUAUUUAAGUGUAUCAAAUAUUUGAAUAAAUAUUUCAAUAUUG